UGUUUGUUGAUGAUGAUGUGCGAGAACUGAAGAAAAGAGCUAAUCAUGGAACCUUUUUUCUUGGGUUUCAAGGAAAUUAUUAAAAUUCCAUAGAUUUAUUGUUUUCCCUCUUUUGCCUUUAUGAAUUCGGUGGUAUAAUGAGAUAGAAAGAGAAAUAGGACGACUGGGUUUUGAUGGAGUUGGGUCCCAUAAAAGAUGUAUAAUGGAAAGUGAAACUAUAUGUCGGUAGUUGCUAUUAGAUCUUGUAGUCUACUUCUGUUUUUCUUUUCAACAAUGUCGUUUCAAUGGUCCAACUAAUUUGUUUGACCAUUGCCUCUCUAUCAAUCACUUUGUUUUCUUUACUUCCUGAUGCUCUGAUUUUCUCGGUUGAUUAUUUAGCCAUCCAUUAGAAUUGGCCGAAGCAUUUUGUCAUUAUAAUAAUUGUUGUAGAUCAUGAAGCAUAAAGAUGGAAAACCGGUUUCUCCAAAUGAUAAAAGGUCCCGGGUCGUUUCCAUGUCAAUAUUGUUUGUUGUACUAUGUGGGUUUUCCUUCUACCUCGGUGGAAUUUUUUGUUCUGAGAAAAAUUUGAUUGAGACUAAGGAUAUUACUAAGCCAGUCUCGUCCCCCAAGGAACCGGCAGUCGCUCCUCUCCAAAUUAAAUCAGCUGUCUUUCCUGAAUGCAGUAGUGACUAUCAAGAUUACACUCCAUGCACAGAUCCAAGGAGGUGGAAGAAGUAUGGAUAUCAGCGGCUUACUUUAAUGGAACGUCACUGUCCUCCUCCGUUUGAAAGGAAGGUAUGCUUAGUACCACCACCAGAUGGGUAUAAGCCACCAAUCAGAUGGCCAAAGAGCAGGGACGAAUGUUGGUACAGAAAUGUACCAUAUGAUUGGAUUAAUAAGCAGAAAUCUAAUCAGAACUGGCUGAGGAAAGAGGGGGAGAAAUUCCUCUUUCCUGGUGGAGGAACUAUGUUUCCUAGAGGAGUGGGUGCCUAUGUUGAUCUGAUGGAAGAUCUGAUUCCAGAAAUGAAAGAUGGAACUGUUCGCACUGCUAUUGAUACUGGAUGUGGGGUUGCAAGUUGGGGUGGCGAUCUAUUGGAUAGAGGGAUUCUAACACUUUCUCUUGCACCAAGAGACAAUCAUGAAGCUCAAGUCCAGUUUGCAUUGGAACGUGGAAUUCCUGCGAUCCUAGGCAUCAUUUCCACUCAACGCCUACCUUUCCCCUCUGGCUCUUUUGAUAUGGCUCAUUGCUCAAGAUGCCUCAUCCCAUGGACUGAAUAUGGUGGCAUUUAUCUCCUAGAAAUUCAUCGUAUACUCCGUCCUGGUGGCUUCUGGGUCCUGUCUGGUCCUCCAGUCAACUAUGAAAAUCGUUGGCGAGGGUGGAACACUACAGUAGAAGAGCAGAAAUCAGACUAUGAAAAGUUGCAGGAACUUCUAACUUCAAUGUGCUUUAAAUUGUACAACAAGAAGGAUGACAUUGCUGUGUGGCAGAAAGCUUCAGAUAAUAGUUGCUACAGCAAACUUGCUGCACCUGAUGCCUACCCACCAAAAUGUGAUGACAGCCUUGAACCAGAUUCUGCAUGGUACACUCCACUUCGUUCUUGUGUUCUUGUUCCCAGCCAAAAACUUAAGAAUUCAGCCCUGGAAUCCAUCCCAAAGUGGCCGCAGCGGUUGCAUGCUGCUCCUGAACGUAUUUCAGAGGCUCCUGGUGGGAGUGCUAGUGCUUUCAAACACGAUGACAGCAAAUGGAAGGUUCGAGCAAAGCACUACAAAAAGUUGCUUCCAGCACUUGGGACUGAUAAGAUAAGAAAUGUGAUGGACAUGAAUACUCUAUAUGGAGGUUUUGCUGCAGCUGUGGUUGAUGAUCCCUCGUGGGUCAUGAAUGUGGUGUCUUCGUAUGCUCUGAAUACGCUUCCUGUUAUCUACGACCGAGGCCUUAUCGGAACCUACCAUGAUUGGUGUGAAGCUUUCUCAACAUACCCUCGAACAUAUGAUCUCCUUCACCUUGAUGGCCUUUUUACUGCUGAGAGCCACCGAUGUGACAUGAAGUAUGUGCUCUUGGAGAUGGAUCGAAUCCUCCGCCCCAGUGGUUAUGCACUAAUACGGGAAUCCAGUUAUUUUGUGGAUGCUAUUGCUACGAUUGCCAAGGGAAUUAGGUGGGGCUGCCACAAAGAAGAAACUGAAUACAAUCUUGAGAAGGAAAAGAUAUUGGUUUGCCAGAAAAAAAUCUGGUACUCCUCUAAUAAGAGUUCAAGAUGAUAGAAAUAGAAAAUCCCAUACUUGAUGAUAAUCUCCUGAAUGGCUGUGUAAUUGCUAUCUGGGAUAGCCGCCAGACAUUAGUAAGUAAAGUUCAAUACAUUGUGGAGAAAUUAAUCCAUCCACAAGGAGCCAAGAGCCAAGAUCUUCAGAUUCAAAUUGUCAAUGAGAAAUAGCUACACAAUGACCUAGUUUUAUUAAUUUAUACUGCCCUGGUAAGGCAAUCCAUAUAUUCUUGGCAUUUUUUUUUCUUUAUUGGGUUCUUUUGUUUUGGAUUUUGAUUAUUUUAUAUGUUAGAAACUGAAUAUUGUAAGUGCAUGUAACAAUUUGAGGAUGCAAGAAACCUCACCAUCACACAUUGUGAUGUCUAUAUGUAAUGAAAAUUAUGAAAUUGUUGUAGGCUAUUCUGCUUAAAACUUCA